CUCACACCAUCUGCAACAAACAUGAAGAACGUCUGAGUCCAAACUCACAGCAGAUCAGUAUUACAUCCAUCUAUAUUUACACAAGUCACCAUGACUGAGAGCUGUCACACAGAUUUGACGGCGGAGGAGCAGAUGGAGAUCGAGGGGCUGAAGAUGCACAAGCAGAUCCUGCUGGAGGACAUUGAGAAACUGAAGAACCAGAUUGAAAACGUCAUGGCAGACAUUCAGGAUUUCAAAUCAGCAGAAGACACUAAGAUGCUGGAGAGGGAGAAACGCUUCUGUAGCGGUAAGAAGAAAUUCAACAUGGAUCCUAAAAAGGGAAUCAAGUAUCUGGUGGAUAAUGAGCUUCUGGAUUGGAAACCAGAGCGAGUGGCUGAGUUUCUGUAUAAAGAGGAAGGACUGAAUAAGACCGCCAUCGGAGACUUCCUAGGAGAGAGGGAGGACAUGCACCUGCGGAUUCUUAAAGCGUUCGUGGAGCUGCACGAGUUUUCAGAUCUUAACCUGGUCCAGGCGUUACGGCAGUUCUUGUGGAGUUUCCGUCUGCCGGGUGAAGCUCAGAAGAUCGACCGCAUGAUGGAGGCCUUCGCCACGCGCUACUGUAACUGCAACGCCAAUGUCUUCCAGUCCACAGACACGUGUUACAUCCUGUCGUUUGCCAUCAUCAUGUUGAACACGAGUCUGCACAAUCCCAACGUGAAGGACAAGACCUCUCUCGAGAGAUUCAUCAGCAUGAACCGCGGCAUUAACAACGGACAAGAUCUGCCCGACGAGCUUCUGACGAAUCUGUACAACAGCAUACGCAACGAACCCUUUAAAAUCCCAGAGGAUGAUGGGAACGAUCUGACGCACACCUUCUUCAACCCGGACCGAGAGGGCUGGCUGCUCAAACUGGGCGGCCGUGUGAAGACGUGGAAGAGACGCUGGUUCAUUCUGACUGAUAACUGUCUGUAUUAUUUUGAAUUUACCACGGACAAAGAGCCUCGCGGCAUCAUUCCUCUGGAGAAUCUGUGCGUGAGGGAAGUCAUGUUUCCACGCAAACCGUAUUGUUUGGAGCUGUAUAACCCCAACAGCCGGGGUCAGAAGAUCAAGGCGUGUAAGACGGAGACGGAUGGACGUGUGGUGGAAGGGAAGCAUCAGUCGUACACCAUCUGCGCCGCUUCAGCCGAGGAGAGAGACGACUGGAUCGAGUCCAUCAGGGCCAGCAUCACUAAAGACCCCUUCUAUGAUCUGGUGUCCAUCCGCAAGAAGAAAGUCAUCAACAAAGUGCCAGAGAAAUUAUGAAAAGACCGAAACGACCGAAACUACGACUACAAACAGACAGAACCGCUUGUUUAUUAAAGCUCACUCAGAGCUCAGGAGAUCAGCUCGGUCUCACAUGUUUCUCCCGAGACAUACAGAUCCAAAAGAGUCAAUAGUUCGGAGUAUAAAUCUGUGAACUGAAUGUGGAGCAGCUCGGCUCAUUUGAAGAGAAUUGACUGAGAUCAU